ACCAAAAGUGACAACAGCAUGCUGAAGCGAAAGCAGAGCUCCAGGGUAGAGGCCCAGCCAGUAACGGAUUUUGGUCCAGAUGAGUCACUGUCUGAUAAUGCAGAUAUUCUGUGGAUCAAUAAGCCAUGGGUGCACUCAUUACUACGCAUCUGUGCAAUUAUCAGUGUCAUUUCCGUUUGUAUGAACACCCCGAAGACCUUUGAGCAUUAUCCUCCCCUUCAGUAUGUGACAAUUGCCCUUGAUACUCUAUUGAUGUUUCUUUAUACUGCAGAGAUGAUUGCAAAAAUGCACAUAAGAGGAAUUGUCAAGGGAGAUACAUCCUAUGUAAAGGAUCGCUGGUGUGUUUUUGACGGCUUCAUGGUAUUUUGUCUUUGGGUAUCCCUAGUACUCCAGGUAUUUGAAAUAGCAGAUGUAGUGGACCAGAUGUCUCCAUGGGGAAUGUUGAGGAUUCCACGUCCGAUGAUAAUGAUUCGAGCUUUCCGCAUUUAUUUCCGAUUUGAGCUGCCAAGAACUAGGAUAACAAAUAUUUUAAAGCGCUCAGGGGAACAAAUCUGGAGUGUCUCCAUAUUUUUGUUAUUUUUUCUUCUCCUCUAUGGAAUUCUUGGAGUUCAGAUGUUUGGAACUUUCACUUAUCAUUGUGUUACAAAUGACACACAGCCAGGAAAUGUGACUUGGAAUAAUCUUGCCAUUCCGGAUACUCAUUGUUCACCAGAUGGAGAAGGAUACCAAUGUCCCCGAGGCUUUAAGUGUAUGGAUCUGGAAAACCUUGGUCUGAGUAGACAGGAACUUGGAUACAGUGGCUUCAAUGAAAUUGGAACCAGCAUAUUUACGGUGUAUGAAGCUGCAUCUCAGGAAGGAUGGGUUUUCCUUAUGUACAGAGCAAUUGACAGUUUCCCCAGAUGGCGUUCCUAUUUCUAUUUCAUUACCCUCAUUUUCUUCCUUGCUUGGCUUGUUAAGAAUGUCUUUAUUGCUGUGAUUAUUGAGACUUUUGCUGAAAUUCGAGUGCAGUUUCAACAGAUGUGGGGCUCACGAAGUAGCACAACGUCAACUGCCACUACCACGAUGUUCCAUGAAGAUGCAGCUGGUGGAUGGCAACUGGUUGCAGUUGACGUGAAUAAACCCCAGGGAAGAGCUCCAGCAUGUCUGCAGAAGAUGAUGAGAUCAUCCAUUUUCCACAUGUUCAUACUAAGCAUGGUUGCAGUGGAUGUAAUUGUAGCUGCCAGCAACUACUAUAAAGGAGAGAACUUUAAAAGACAAUACGAUGAGUUCUAUCUUGCAGAGGUAGCGUUUACUGUACUAUUUGACUUGGAAGCUCUAUUAAAGAUAUGGUGUUUAGGCUUCACAGGCUACAUUAGCUCCUCUCUUCAUAAAUUUGAACUACUGCUAGUGGUUGGGACAACUCUUCACAUUUAUCCUGUGCUUUACCACUCACAAUUCACAUACUUUCAGGUUCUGAGAGUAGUUCGACUGAUCAAGAUAUCGCCUGCACUGGAAGACUUUGUAUAUAAAAUAUUUGGUCCCGGUAAAAAGCUUGGAAGUUUGGUGGUUUUUACUGCUAGCCUUUUAAUUGUCAUGUCAGCAAUCAGUCUGCAGAUGUUCUGCUUUGUGGAAGAGCUGGACCGCUUCACCACAUUUCCUCGGGCAUUCAUGUCAAUGUUCCAGAUUUUGACUCAAGAGGGAUGGGUGGAUGUAAUGGAUCAAACACUUAUUGCUGUAGGACACAUGUGGGCUCCUGUGGUUGCCAUUUAUUUUAUCCUUUACCAUCUUUUUGCCACAUUGAUUUUGCUGAGCUUGUUUGUGGCAGUUAUUUUGGACAAUUUGGAGCUUGAUGAAGAUUUAAAAAAGCUUAAGCAGCUAAAACAAAGUGAAGCAAAUGCUGAUACAAAAGAAAAAUUGCCACUGCGUCUACGUAUCUUUGAAAAAUUCCCCAACAGGCCACAGAUGGUGAAGAUCUCUAAACUUCCUUCUGAUUUUACUGUACCAAAAAUAAGGGAAAGUUUCAUGAAGCAAUUCAUUGACCGGCAACAACAGGAUACUAGCUGCUUACUAAGAAGACUUCCAUCAGCUUCAUCCUCUUCUUGUGAUCAUUCAAAAAGAUCUGGAAUUGAAGAGAAUAAGUACAUUGACCAGAAGUUACGCAAAUCAGUUUUUAGCAUCAGAGCAAGAAAUCUCCUUGAAAAAGAAACUGCAGUAAAUAAAAUACUCAGAGCAUGCACAAGGCAGCGCAUGCUGAGUGGUUCCUUUGAAGGGCAGCCUGCCAAGGAGAGAUCAAUCCUCAGUGUGCAACAUCAUAUACGACAAGAAAGAAGAUCACUAAGACAUGGCUCAAACAGUCAAAGAAUCAGCAGGGGCAAAUCUCUGGAAACCUUAACUCAAGACCACUCCAACACGGUACGGUACAGAAAUGCCCAGAGAGAAGACAGUGAAAUUAAAAUGAUACAAGAAAAGAAGGAGCAAGCAGAGAUGAAAAGAAAAGUACAAGAAGAGGAGCUACGAGAGAAUCAUCCAUAUUUUGACAAGCCACUCUUUAUUGUUGGUCGUGAGCAUAGAUUUCGGAACUUUUGCAGAGUCAUUGUUCGAGCUCGAUUUAAUGCCUCUAAAACGGACCCUAUUACCGGAGCAGUAAAAAAUACCAAAUACCACCAGCUAUAUGACCUCUUGGGAUUGGUGACCUACCUUGACUGGGUCAUGAUCGUUGUUACCAUAUGUUCCUGUAUAUCCAUGAUGUUUGAAUCCCCUUUUAGGAGAGUAAUGCACACACCAACUUUGCAGAUUGCAGAGUAUGUUUUUGUCAUAUUCAUGAGUAUUGAACUGAACUUGAAGAUUAUGGCAGAUGGCUUAUUUUUUACUCCCACAGCUGUUAUAAGGGAUUUUGGAGGAGUGAUGGACAUAUUCAUAUAUCUUGUCAGCUUGAUCUUUCUUUGCUGGAUGCCAUACAAUGUUCCCGCAAAGUCUGGAACGCAGCUUUUAAUGGUACUGCGAUGCCUGAGACCUCUCCGCAUAUUCAAGCUGGUCCCCCAGAUGAGGAAAGUUGUACGUGAGCUCUUUAGCGGAUUCAAGGAAAUAUUUUUGGUGUCUAUUCUGUUACUUACAUUGAUGCUGGUAUUUGCCAGCUUUGGUGUCCAGCUAUUUGCAGGGAAGCUUGCAAAGUGCAAUGAUCCAACUAUUGAUACCCGGGAAAAAUGCCAUGGAAUAUUUAGGAUUAAUGUCAGUGUCUAAAAUUUAAAUUUGAAAUUGAAACCAGAUGAAAAGAAGCCAGGAUUCUGGGUUCCAAGAGUCUGGGCAAAUCCCCGUAACUUUAACUUUGACAAUGUGGGAAAUGCUAUGCUGGCUUUGUUUGAAGUAUUAUCUUUAAAAGGCUGGGUCGAAGUUCGGGAUGUCAUCAUUCAUCGUGUAGGACCUAUACAUGGAAUAUACAUCCAUGUUUUUGUGUUCCUUGGUUGCAUGAUAGGCCUUACUCUCUUUGUUGGUGUGGUGAUUGCCAAUUUCAAUGAAAACAAGGGCACAGCUUUACUGACUGUUGAUCAAAGAAGAUGGGAAGAUCUAAAGAGCAGACUCAAGAUAGCUCAACCACUUCACCUCCCUCCUCGUCCAGAUAAUGAUGGCUUCAGAGCACGAAUGUACGACAUCACACAGCAUCCAUUUUUCAAGAGAACUAUUGCAGUUCUGGUCUUGGCGCAAUCAGUUCUUCUUUCUGUCAAGUGGGAUGUUGAUGACCCUUCUACUGUUCCUCUAGCACUAUAUCAGUAGUUUUUACCUCAUUUUGUUCUAGAGGUAACAAUGAAGAUAACCGCUAUGUCACCAGCUGGAUUUUGGCAGAGUAGAAGAAAUCGAUAUGACCUUCUUGUGACAUCACUUGGUGUCAUUUGGGUGGUACUUCAUUUUGCCUUACUAAAUGAAUAUACAUAUAUGAUGGGCGCUUGUAUAAUAGUCUUCAGGUUUUUCUCCAUAUGUGGAAAACAUGUUACACUGAAAAUGUUAUUACUCACUGUUGUCGUCAGCAUGUACAAGAGUUUCUUCAUUAUUGUGGGAAUGUUUUUAUUGCUUCUUUGCUAUGCUUUUGCUGGGGUUGUUCUUUUUGGAACAGUGAAAUAUGGCGAAAACAUCAAUAGGCAUGCCAACUUCUCAACGGCAGGUAAAGCUAUUACGGUACUAUUCAGGAUAGUAACUGGGGAAGACUGGAAUAAAAUAAUGCAUGACUGUAUGGUACAGCCACCAUUCUGUACUCCAGAUGACACAAGAUACUGGGAAACCGACUGUGGCAAUUAUGCUGGAGCACUGAUGUAUUUCUGUUCGUUUUAUGUUAUCAUUGCCUACAUAAUGUUAAACCUACUGGUUGCCAUAAUUGUGGAAAACUUCUCUUUGUUCUACUCCACUGAAGAAGACCAACUACUAAGUCCUAAUGAUCUUAGACAUUAUCAAAUUAUAUGGAACAUGGUAGAUGACAAAAGAGAGGGUGUCAUUCCAGCAUUCCGUGUGAAGUUCCUCUUGAGACUACUACGUGGCCGCCUAGAAGUGGACUUGGAUAAAGACAAGCUUCUAUUUAAGCACAUGUGCUAUGAAAUGGAACGGUUACAUAGCGGUGGUGAUGUGACUUUUCAUGAUGUGCUCAGCAUGCUGUCAUACAGAUCUGUGGACAUCAGGAAGAGCCUUCAGCUGGAGGAAUUGCUGGCAAGGGAACAACUGGAGUAUACCAUAGAAGAAGAAGUGGCUAAGCAAACCAUACGUAUGUGGCUCAAAAAAUGCCUCAAACGUAUACGAGCGAAACAACAACAGUCCUGCAGCAUCAUUCACAGCCUUCGAGAGAGUCAGCAGCAAGAGCUUAGUCGGUUCCUGAAUCCUCCCAGUAUUGAGACAACACAGCCCAGUGAUGAUAUGAAUCUAAAUAACCAGGAUAAUGCACAACCAGAGACAAGUAGUCAACAGCAGCUUCUAAGCCCAACGCUUUCUGACAGAGGAAGCUAUAGACAAGAUUCUAUUGAAGCUGGUAAACGUCUGAGAAGAUUUGGCCAGUGGCACCUACCGGCAGCACCAAAGCCUAUAAGUCAUUCUGUAUCCUCUGUCAAUUUACGCUUUGGUGGUCGCUCCACUAUGAAGUCUGUAGUGUGCAAGAUGAAUGCCAUGUCGGAUGCUGCUUCUUGUGGUUCAGAAGUCAAGAAAUGGUGGACAAGGCAACUUACCGUAGAGAGUGAUGAAAGUGGAGAUGAUCUACUUGACAUGUAAGGACAACGCAAGCAAAACUCAAAGCAACAUUUAGAUUACAUUUUUAUAAUGGAAACUAAUGUGUACUCAUUAUUACUAGGUUGUCGGUCUAAAGGAUGCUUCAUGUCAAGUGAGGAGAGACAAAUUCUGUUAUUCAGUAUUAUUGAGCUCACAGUGAAAUGCGGAAUAUAAAUGUGACAAAAAAUUAUAAAGCUGUCCAUAGAUAUGAGAUGGCAACAUUCGUUCCUUAGAACAAUCAGUAAAUAAACAUGCAGAGUUCUAUCUGCUGAAUGUGCAUGUUUAUGCACCGAGUAGACCUUAUUUCACAGGAGUAAUAACAGUCAGCUGGUAAAAUCCAUUCUAGGUGAACAAUUCUUCCCUUAAAAUCAAGUGCCUCUAGAGCAGGGGUUUCAAACUCAAUUUCAUCAUGGGCCACAUCAGCAUUAUGAUUGCCCUCAAAAGGG